ACAGCAUUUUCUUGCCUUGUGCAAGCUGCUGCAACCUGUUGCGUAGGGACAAGCGAUCACUCGCAACUCGCUAAGGUGCAGCACUGCAGCGAGAAUUCGAAUAAUUGCGAGGCGAAAGAACAACAUCAAACCUUGUGAAUUCAGGAAUCAGAACCCAGAUAUAGAGGCUGGAGGCGAGGAAGCGAAACUUCGAAAAGCUCUGCUGCGCUUUCGCCAGAGAACCGAGAAGAAGGAAUUGUGCAGCCAAGCAAGCAAUGUGGCAAGUCGGAAGCGGCACGGCGGCGAAACGGCCCCAGCGUAAGCCAAGCAUCUCUCUCUUGGCGUCUCCCCCCGCGCCUGUGGGCACCCACCUCCUCUCCUCUCCCUCCCUGCCCCUCCUCCCCUCUUCCUCUCGCCGCACGCAAAUGGUCACCUAGGCGCGCGAGGCCGCCGCGCCGCAAUGUCGCACUGCCCCCGCGCCUCGGCCUUCCUCGCGCCGCCGCCGCCCCUCCUCUUCCCGCGCCUCUCGUCCCCUCGCUGGCGCCGGCGCCCCCGCGGCCGCUUGGCCUCGCGGCCCCUCCUCACCCUCGCCCGCUUCGACCAGCCGCCGCUGCUCCGCCUCAAGGUCUCCGACUCCAGCGACUCCCCCGCCGACGCUGCCCACGCCCACGCGCACCACAGCAACAGCCACAGCCACGCGCCGCCGCUGCUCCCGGAGCCGCGGGGCCUGAUCGGCUCGCUCGCGCCCGUAUGGCGGGAGGGGCUCUUCCUCGUGCGCUGCUCCGUCUUCGCCGCCGUGGUCUCCGUCGCCGCCGCGCUCUCGUGGGUCGCGCAGCUCCGGGCCCGCUCCUUCGUCGAGGCGCGCCUCCUGCCCGCGGCCUGCGCCGCGCUCGGCGAGUACCUCCAGCGGGAGGUCCGCCUCGGCAAGGUGCGCAGCAUCUCGCCGCUCGGGAUCACGCUGCAGACCUGCUCCAUCGGCCCGCACGCGGAGGAGUUCUCCUGCGCCGAGGUGCCCGUCAUGAAGAUUAGGGUACGCCCCUUCGCCAGCCUCAGGAGGGGGAGGGUCGUCGUCGACGCCGUGCUGUCCGAGCCCUCCGCGCUGGUGGCGCAGAAGAAGGACUUCUCGUGGCUUGGGAUUCCCGGGCCGUCCGAGGGCACCAUCAAGAGGCAUUCUGGCGAGGAGGGCAUAGACUACCGCACCAAGACGAGGAGGCUCGCCAGGGAGAAGGCCGCGGAGCAAUGGAAUGAGAAGAGGGAUAAGGCUGCAAGGGAAGCCGCCGAAAAGGGGUACAUCAUUCCAAGUGGCCAAUUUGUUUCUCCGUCCACUGAUGAGAUGCUGGAGGUUGAUGGGCCUACCGCGACUGGGAAGUCCAGUCCGCCCCUUUGCGCUGAUGAGAUGCACAAGAAGGAUCAUCACUUGGCAACGGGCAUCGACUCUGGUUCGAAGCAUGCGGAUUUAGAGAAAUCUUUUGGUGUCAAAUCACGGAUUCCAGGGAUCAACCUCUGGUCUAGGAUGAUUUCAAGCCCUAGUAGGCUCAGAUACAGGAGAAAGGCUCACAGUAGGGUGGUGCCAGAUGCUGAUAAUUCUUCUCAGCAAAGGAUUCUUAGACGCAGUGCGGGUGCUGCUGUAGCAUAUUUUCAGAGCACAGGUUGCAGUAACAUUGAUGAUUCAACCCCUGGCCCAGGAAAAAGCUCAUCGGAUGGAGGUCCCACCAAUGUUGGUGGCAGUGAAACCGUUUCAAAUGAUGGAACUGUUGGCAGCUUUGGGACUGCCUCAACAAGUUUGGCUGAAUCACCAUCGGAUAAUCAACUAUCUAGUCAGUUUAGAUCAUGUAAUUUGGAUAACGUGUUAGUAGGCCUCAAUUUGGAAGAUCUGCAGAUAGGUCAGGCCAACUUCCCUCAAGGCCCUAUACUGGAGAAAUUUGAGAUACCUUCUGAAAAAAAAUUUGUUCCUCAGCGAGAAACUAUUUUCGGGAAUUUUAGUUCAUGUACGCAUGGUCACAACUGGGUGCCAUUUUGGCCUUUCCAACUAAAGGGGUUCCCUGCCAGUUUUAAUGCACCGUGUGCAUCUCUGGAUGUUCAAAUUCAGAAAUUGAAGUCACAAUUUGCUAUUGGUCCUGGAGAUACCUCUGCUGAACUUACAGAAGGGGUUAGUCAGAUCCAUACUGGUGGUGUUCAGAAUGCCCUUCCCAUUACCCUUGAUUCAGUUUAUUUCAAUGGAGGGAAUUUGAUGCUUCUUGGGUAUGGUGAUCAGGAACCCAGAGAAAUGAAGCAUGCUACUGGACAUGUUAAGUUUAAAAACAGUUAUAAUCGUGUACACGUGCAUGUAACUGGGAACUGCAUGGAGUGGAGGCAAGACCGGACUUCUCAAGGAGGGGGUUAUCUUUCUACAGAUGUUUUCGUUGACAUAGCUGAGGAAACAUGGCAUGCUAAUCUCAAUGUAGUCGAUGCAUUUGCUCCGCUGUUUGAAAGGAUUUUAGAAAUACCUGUUGUUUGGCACAAAGGAAGAGCUACUGGUGAGGUGCAUAUCUGCAUGUCAAAGGGUGAUAGUUUCCCGAGCAUUCAUGGUCAGAUUGAUGUGAAAGGCCUGGCUUUUCAGAUAUUAGAUGCCCCAUCAUCAUUUUCAGAUAUAGUGGCAAAACUUUCAUUUCGUGGUCAAAGAGUAUUUUUACACAAUGCAAGUGGAUGGUUUGGUGAUGCUCCAGUUGAAGCUUCUGGAGAUUUCGGACUAAAUCCUGAGGAUGGAGAGUUCCAUCUAAUGUGCCAGGUUCCAUCUGUCGAAGUUAAUGCACUUAUGAGGACAAUGAAAAUGAAACCUCUUAUGUUCCCGUUGGCUGGUGCUGUUACUGCUGUAUUUAACUGUCAAGGACCCCUUGAUGCUCCUGUUUUUGUUGGAAGUGGGAUUGUCUCAAGGAAGUCUAUUUCAAUAUCUGGUAUGCCACCAUCUGCAGCUUCUGAAGCUGUGAUGCAAAACAAAGAGGCUGGUGCAGUUGCUGCAUUUGACCAUAUUCCGUUCUCUCAUGUAUCUGCUAAUUUCACAUUCAACCUUGACAACUGUGUGGCUGAUUUAUAUGGUAUUAGAGCUUGCCUAUUGGAUGGCGGAGAAAUUCGAGGGGCUGGUAAUGCAUGGAUAUGCCCAGAGGGGGAAGUUGAUGAUUCUGCAAUGGAUAUUAAUUUGUCUGGGACCAUUUUACUUGAUAAAGUUUUGCAUCGUUACAUUCCUGGAGGAAUCCAGCUGAUUCCACUCAAGAUUGGAGAGCUCAAUGGAGAGACUAGACUUUCUGGUUCCCUUAUUAGACCGAAGUUUGACAUCAAGUGGGCUGCACCAAAUGCAGAAGACUCUUUUUCAGAUGCGCGUGGGAAUAUUGUUAUUGCACAUGAUUAUAUUAUGGUCAACUCAUCAUCUGUUGCCUUCGAUUUAAAUACUCGAGUUCAAACAUCAUAUAUUGAUGAUUACUUGCUGAACAAGGGGACAUAUCAAAUGAAAAAAAUAAUUGUGGAGGGUGUUGAUUUAGAUUUACGUAUGCGAGGCUUUGAGUUUGCUCAUAUAGCCUCCUCAAUACCUUUUGAUUCACCACGACCACUACAUUUGAAAGCAUCUGGAAGGGUCAAAUUUCAAGGUAAAAUCAUGAAAUCUAGCAAUGUUGCUGAUGACAAGAUCAAGGGUGUUCUGCAAAGUAACAUUGACCAAAAUAAGCUUGAGACCAAUGCGUCAAGGCUUGCUGGCAACAUAUCUCUAUCUGGAAUAAAACUCAACCAACUCAUGCUAGCGCCACAGUCUACUGGUUUCCUUUCCAUCUCACGGGAUUCUGUGAUGUUGAAUGCUACUGGCAGGCCUGAUGAAAAUUUUUCCAUAGAAGUGAAUGGACCAUUGUUUUUCACUACGAACGAGGCUAUUCAAGAUGUAAGGCUUCUGUCAAUUUUCCUCCAAAAGGGGCAGCUGAGAUCUAAUAUCUGUUAUCAUCCUGAGAAUUUGUCCAGUCUAGAGGUUCGGAAUUUGCCACUUGAUGAGCUGGAAUUUGCUUCAUUGCGUGGAUUUGUUCAGAAGGCAGAACUUCAGCUUAAUUUCCAGAAAAGAAGAGGUCAUGGUUUGUUAUCAGUAAUUCGUCCCAAAUUUAGUGGCAUGCUUGGUGAAGCACUCGAUAUAGCUGCACGAUGGAGUGGUGAUGUUAUUACUAUGGAAAAAUCUAUCUUGGAGCAAGCUAAUAGCAAGUAUGAGCUUCAAGGGGAGUAUGUUUUCCCCGGAACACGUGAUAGAUUUCCUGUGGAAAGUCAGAGUAAUGGAUUCAUAGAGAAAGCAAUGGGUGGGCAUCUUGGUAGCAUAAUGUCUUCGAUGGGCAGGUGGAGGAUGAGACUAGAGGUUCCUGGCGCUGAAGUAGCUGAAAUGCUUCCUUUAGCAAGGCUUCUUUCACGAAGUACAGACCCAGUUAUUCGUUCUAGAUCAAAGGAACUUUUUAUGCAAUGUCUGCAUUCUGUUGGGUUCAAUGCUGAAAGUCUUCGUGAUCAGCUAAAGGCAUUAGAAAUGUAUCAUGAUUGGUUGGAUGACGACACAAUGGAAGAUAUAACACUUCCUGGCUUAGCUGAACUGAGAGGCUAUUGGCGUGGCUCUCUUGAUGCCAGUGGAGGUGGUAAUGGGGAUACUAUGGCUGAUUUUGAUUUCAACGGUGAAGAUUGGGAAUGGGGAACUUACAAGACCCAGCGUGUUCUCGCAUCUGGUUCAUUCAGCAAUAAUGAUGGCCUGCGUCUUGAUAAAUUGUUUAUUCAGAAAGAUAAUGCCACCCUUCAUGCUGAUGGGUCGAUUCUUGGACCACUAACAAAUCUUCACUUUGCUGUGCUUAACUUCCCAGUUGGUCUUAUACCAGCUUUAGUUCAGGCUAUAGAAUCAUCAACCACAGACUCAAUUCAUUUUCUGAGGCAAUGGUUGACACCCAUUAAAGGUAUUUUGCACAUGGAGGGAGAUUUGAAAGGUACUCUUGCAAAACCAGAAUGUGAUGUUCAAAUAAGGCUGCUUGAUGGCACUAUUGGAGGCAUCGAUCUUGGAAGAGCAGAAGUAUUAGCUUCUGUUACCCCUACAAGCCGUUUUGUAUUUGAUGCUAAUUUUGAACCAACCAUACAAAGUGGACAUGUAAACAUUCAAGGUAGUAUCCCGGUCACUUAUGUAGACAGCAGCUCAACAGAGGAAAGUCUGGAGGAGGAAGAUGGGAAACAAGGUAUCAUAAGAAUCCCUGUUUGGGCAAAAGACAGAGGACCAUCUAAUGAGAUCAGUGAAACAAGAAUUGUGAGAGACAAGACGGAGGAGGGAUGGGAAUUUCAAUUAGCUGAAAGCCUUAAAGGUUUAAGUUGGAACAUGCUAGAACCAGGUGAAGUGAGGAUAAAUGCAGAUAUAAAGGAUGGGGGUAUGAUGUUGAUAACUGCUUUGAGUCCUUAUGCAAACUGGCUUCAAGGCUAUGCUGAUGUUCUCCUCCAGGUUAAAGGCACAGUUGAUCAGCCUGUUGUUGAUGGGUCUGCAACAUUUAACCGAGCGAUUGUGGAUUCUCCUUUCCUUCGGACACCAUUGACGAAUUUUGCUGGUACCAUUCAUGUCAUAUCCAACAGACUAUGCAUCAAUUCCCUGGAAAGCAGGGUUGGGAGGAAAGGGAGAUUGUCAAUCAAAGGGACCCUACCUCUGAAGAACAGUGAGCCUUCUGCCAACGACAAGAUUGAUUUGAAAUGUGAAGUUCUGGACAUACGAGCAAAAAAUAUUUUGAGUGGCCAAGUAGACAGCCAGCUGCAAGUUACAGGCUCAAUUUUGCGACCAGAUGUCUCUGGGAUGAUCCGGUUGAGUCAUGGUGAAGCAUAUUUGCCUCAUGAUAAAGGCAAUGGUGCUGCUGCCACUAGGCUGGCUUCAAAGAAGUCGAGCUAUCUUGCUUCUGGUUUUGACCAAUCAACCACUUCGCAGGAUGUCUCACGCAUUCUGGGUUCACUGUCAGCAUCGCCAGAGAGGGAACAAUCGGACACAGAAAGGGCUCUUGAGCAUGGAAGCUUUAAGCCAAACAUUGAUGCCCGGCUAAAUGACCUAAAGCUUACCUUGGGACCAGAAUUAAGGAUUGUUUAUCCUCUAAUUCUGAAUUUUGCUGUCAGUGGUGAUCUAGAACUUAGCGGGAUGGUUCAUCCAAAGUACAUAAGACCUAAGGGUAUCUUAACAUUUGAAAAUGGUGAGGUCAACCUGGUAGCUACUCAAGUUAGACUAAAAAAUGAUCAUUUAAAUGGGGCAAAAUUUGAACCUGAUCUUGGUUUGGAUCCUGUUCUUGAUCUUGUUCUUGUUGGAUCUGAAUGGCAAUUCAAAAUCCAAAGUCGAGCAAGCAUGUGGCAAGACAAUCUGGUGGUAACAUCAACACGCUCUGUGGACCAGGAUGUUCUGUCACCUAGUGAGGCUGCAAAGGUUUUUGAGUCACAGCUUGCAGAAUCACUAUUAGAAGGUGACGGACAGCUUGCAUUCAAGAAGCUUGCAACUGCAACGCUUGAGACUUUGAUGCCAAGGAUUGAAGGCAAGGGUGAGUUUGGACAGGCACGGUGGCGGCUGGUUUAUGCUCCGCAGAUCCCAAGUUUACUAUCUGUGGACCCAACAGUUGAUCCGCUAAAAUCACUGGCAAACAAUAUCUCUUUUGCCACAGAGGUGGAAGUGCAGCUUGGAAAACGCCUUCAGGCCUCUGUUGUCAGGCAAAUGAAAGAUUCAGAAAUGGCGAUGCAGUGGACGCUGAUAUAUCAGCUAACUAGUAGGCUCCGUGUUCUCUUCCAGUCUACCCCAUCCAAUAGGCUUCUCUUCGAGUACUCAGCAACAUCGCAGGAUUGAUUCAUUUUUUGCCAUUGCCACCACAGCAGGAACCGGGCAUAGCAGCUGUUGUGCUAUACGAAGAUUAGGUGCCCUGAUUAAUUGUUUUUGUAGAUAUGCAAGUUUUGACAAGGGAGUUGUGCGUGUACAUCUGCUCUGUGGUAGUUAAAUUCUUUCUCGGAAACAAAGUUUCUGAGGCUGUGACAAGGGAGUUGUGCGUGUACAUCUGCUCUGUGGUAGUUAAAUUCUUUCUCGGAAACAAAGUUUCUGAGGCUGUAAAUAAUAGGAAGCGAUCUUAGCGUCGGAUGUAAAGAAACACAUGUAUAAAUGAAUUAACUUGCCCGGUCUUUGCUGCAUCGCCGUCCAUAUGUAAAAUUGGCUUUUGUUAUGGACUCGGCUUACAAAA